AUUUUGCGGCAUUGUUGCUGUCUGUUGUUUUCUCUCAUUUAAGCUGAUUUCCCCAAAGGAGAACUUAGAUUGAGAAAUGGCUACUGGUGUUGGUAACAGAAACGGCACGCACAAGUUGCCAAAUCUCCGAAACUCGGCUUCAUUCAAGUCGAAGCUCCCUCCGGCAAAUGCCCGCCGCAGCGUCGGCGCAGUUGGCGGUGCCGAUUCCGUUUCAGGGCGAGUCCGAGUUGCUGUAAGAUUGCGACCUCGGAAUACUGAAGAGUUGGUAGCAGAUGCAGAUUUUGCUGAUUGUGUGGAUUUGCAGCCAGAGCUUAAAAGGUUGAAACUGCGUAAAAAUAAUUGGGAUUCAGAUACUUUUGAGUUUGAUGAAGUCUUGACUGAAUAUGCGUCUCAAAAGCGUGUCUAUGAAGUUGUUGCCAAACCUGUUGUUGAGAGUGUUUUAGAGGGUUACAAUGGGACGGUGAUGGCUUAUGGUCAAACUGGAACUGGGAAGACUUAUACUCUCGGCCGAUUAGGUGAUGAAGAUACCUCUGCUCGGGGCAUAAUGGUUCGUGCAAUGGAGGAUAUACUAGCAAAUAUCUCACCUGAAACUGAUUCUAUCUCAGUUUCAUUCUUGCAGCUUUAUAUGGAAUACAUCCAGGAUUUAUUGAACCCAGCAAAUGAUAAUAUAUCAAUUGUUGAGGACCAGAAAACUGGUGAUGUUUCUUUGCCAGGGGCAACUGUCUGGGAGAUCAGAGACCAGCAAAGUUUCAUGCAACUCUUACGCUUAGGUGAAGCACAUAGGAUUGCUGCCAACACUAAACUGAACACUGAAUCUUCUCGUAGUCAUGCCCUUCUGAUGGUACAUGUGAAGAAGUCUGUAGUGGACAGGGAUGAAUUUUCUCUGGAUGCACAAAAUCGCUCAAUUGGUAAUUUGAGGCCUCCUAUGCUACGUAAAGGGAAACUGAUCGUGGUAGAUCUUGCUGGUUCUGAACGCAUUCAUAAGUCAGGAAGCGAGGGACACAUGCUAGAAGAAGCCAAGUCUAUAAAUCUUUCACUUAGUGCAUUAGGGAAAUGUAUAAAUGCCUUGGCAGAAAACAGUCCUCACGUCCCAGUUCGAGAUUCAAAGCUUACAAGGUUACUUAAAGAUUCAUUUGGAGGGACAUCCAGAACCUCAUUAGUUAUCACAAUCGGUCCUUCUCCACGUCAUCGAGCAGAGACUUCAAGUACCAUAAUGUUUGGGCAAAGGGCUAUGAAAGUGGAGAACAUGCUGAAGAUUAAGGAAGAAUUUGACUACAAGAGUUUGGCGAAGAGACUUGAGAUGGAAAUUGAUAAACUUAUGGCCGAGAAUGAAAGGCAGCAAAAGGUUUAUGAAAAUGAGAUUGAGAGAAUCAGAUUAGAAGCACAGAAACGUGUCGCUGAGGCUGAAAGGAAUUAUGUGGAAGCCUUAGAGGAGGAGAAAACCAAAUGUCAGAUGGAUUAUAUGGAGUCAAUUAAGAAGCUUGAGGAGAAGUGGACUAUCAACCAGCAAAAGCAUACUAUUAAUGCAGAGAUUAACAAUGGUGCUGGUAAUGAAGAGGUUGUGGAGCUAAAAAGGCUGCUUCAAGAUGAAGUUUGUCUACGAAAAGCAGCUGAAGAUGAAACUCACAACUUAAAGAGUCAGCUAUUUAGAUUUUCAAAGAUGGAGUUGGCAGGUGGAAGCUCUGAUGGCCUACAGCAAGUGCUGGAAGAGGAGAGUUAUCAGAAAAAGAAACUUGAAGAAGAAGUGAGAGUUUUAAGGAGUCAACUGGCACAAAUAUCUAUUGAAGCUAAUCAAGUGAGAGGCUAUCCAGAUGGAUCCAACUCUGGUAACCCCCUACCUGGUCAAGAUUCCUUAGGACCGCUUAAUCAUAUGCGGUCUAGAGAUGGUAGUAAUGGAGAACGGGCAUCUAUAACAAACCUUCAUGAACAAGUUGGAUUGCAAAAGAUAUUAUCAUUACUCGAGUCAGAGGAUGCUAAUGUACGGAUUCAUGCAGUAAAAGUGGUAGCCAACUUAGCUGCAGAAGAAGGAAAUCAGGAAAAGAUAGUUGAAGCUGGUGGUCUCACUUCAUUGUUAAUGCUCCUUAGAACAUACGGGGAUGAAACAAUUCGUAGAAUUGCAGCUGGCGCAAUCGCCAAUCUUGCUAUGAAUGAGGCUAAUCAAGAGCUCAUAAUGGCCCAAGGUGGAAUAUGUCUUUUAGCUAUGACAGCUACUGAUGCAGAAGAUCCUCAGACUCUAAGAAUGGUUGCUGGAGCAAUUGCUAAUCUUUGUGGCAAUGAUAAACUGCAAAUGAGGUUGAGGUCAGAAGGUGGCAUCAAAGCUCUAUUAGGGAUGGUGAGAUGUAGACAUCCAGAUGUUCUAUCUCAAGUUGCCCGUGGCAUUGCAAAUUUUGCCAAGUGUGAAUCUAGGGCUUCUAGUCAAGGGUCAAGGCACGGCCGAUCCCUCCUGAUAGACGACGGCGCCUUGCCAUGGAUAGUACAAAAUGCCAACAGUGAAGCUUCACUAAUCAGACGUCAUGUUGAGCUCGCACUCUGCCACCUCGCACAGCAUGAGAUCAAUGCGAAAGACAUGAUCAGCGGAGGAGCCCUCUGGGAGCUGGUUCGUAUUUCGCGGGACUGUUCUAGGGAGGAUAUAAGGGCCCUUGCUCGCCGAACUCUGACCUCAAGUUCCACAUUUCAAUCCGAACUGCGACGCCUAAGGAUCGAGGUUUAGUUACUAACUGCACUAAUUUAUUCUCAUAUAUACAUUUAUAUGUGUGGUGUUUUGCCCAUCUGCUAACAAGUGAGAAGCCCUAUAAAGAUGUUAGAGCUCCUGCUACAAAAGAUCCACGCUUUUAUUUCGUAAUCGCGUUAUUUUUUCAUUUAAGUUGGUUCGUUGUCCCAUUUUUUGGUGCUGGCAUUCCCUAAGCUUCACCUUAAAUUUUGUACUCGUCAAUUAUUGUGUACUAGUUGUAUAUAUGAAGAAUACUUUGUGGAA